AUGGGAAAUUGUUUCAAUUAAGAGGAAACCCAUAAUUCCUCAUUAAAAAGAAUAACCAAAAUAGAGAGUAGAAUUAGUUAGGAUUUGCAAGAUUCAGAGGGAGGGAAAAUUAGUUUAAAAGAGUUUUUAAGCCAAGGAGUGAUUGGGAGGGGUUAAUUUGGUAAAGUACUUAAAGUUAAAAUGAAACUCAACCAAAAAGAAUAUGCUAUGAAGGCUAUCAAGAAAUAGGACAUCAUAAAUUAUGGACUUGUUGAAAAUACAAUGUUAGAAAAGAAAGUUUUAGAAUAUAGUAACAAUCCAUUUGUGAUCAGACUACAGUACUCUUUCCAAACUGAAAACAAACUAUACUUAGUCAUGGAUUUAGUAAAUGGUGGCUAGUUGUUGAAGAUAAUAAAUAAAUAACCGUACAAGCGAUUUUCAUUGCAUCAAGCACAGUUUUGUACUGCAGAAGUAGUACUUGGUCUUGAAUACUUGCAUGAUAAGCUUAAGGUUAUUUAUAGAGAUUUGAAACCAGAGAACGUUUUAGUCACUGAUGAUGGACAUCUAAAAUUAACCGAUUUUGGAUUGUCCAAACAAUACGAAUCCGAUAGCAUGAAAUUCUUUACCAUCGCAGGUACUCCUGAGUAUCUGGCACCUGAAAUUAUAAGCAAUUCUGGCCAUAAUCACACUGUUGAUUUGUGGUGUUUAGGAAUCUUCAUUUAUGAAAUGCUGACUGGAAGAACGCCCUUUAGAGACGAAGCAAACAAUACCAGAAAUGUUGAAAAAAAAAUAGCCGAAGGUGCUAUAGAAUUCCCAGACUAUUUAAAUGAAGAGUCUUAGGACAUUAUAUUAAAAUUGUUAAACAAAAAUCCAGACUAGAGAUUGGGUCAUAAAUCUACCUAGGAUAUAAAGGAUCAUGCUUUUUUUAGAAAUAUCAAUUGGGAUGACGUGGCUAAUCUAAAAACUAAAUCCCCACUUCUAGGAUUGACUCCUCAACCAUGUCAAACCACAAUAGAGGUAGCAGCUCCUAAAAAGAUUCUUGAAACCCCUUAGUCUUAAGAAGCACAGACCGAAGAGAACUUUGAAGGCUUUUCUGUCAAUCAUGGAGAGUUUUGA